ACUCCUUACAUUUCUCACGUCUCUGAGAACUCGAGACGAAGCUAAAAAUCGAAGAAAAAUGGCCACUGGGAUGAAGCUCCCCAUGGCCGUUACCUUGCAGAAACCCAUGGCUAUGGCGGCUCCAUCUUCGUCAUCUUCUCUUCCUAGAGGCAUCAAUUUCAGAACCAUUUCCUGCACAAACGGUACAAGCAAAGCUAAAAUUCCUCUGCCUCCAAUAAACCCGAAGGAUCCAUUUCUUUCGAAGCUCGCUUCAGUAGCUUCAACCUCACCUGAAACGUUGCUAAACCGCCCUAAAAAUUCUGAUUCUCCUCCUUAUUUGGAUAUUUUUGAUGCUCCUCAACUCAUGGCUGCACCUGCACAAGUCGAAAGAUCAGUUUCCUACAAUGAGCAUAGGCCGAGGAGGCCACCGCCGGACUUGCCGUCUCUGUUACUUCAUGGAAGAAUUGUUUACAUCGGAAUGCCUUUGGUUCCAGCUGUUACGGAGCUAGUCAUUGCCGAACUGAUGUACUUGCAAUGGAUGGAUCCAAAAGAACCAAUAUAUCUUUACAUAAAUUCCACAGGAACAACUCGUGAUGAUGGUGAAACGGUAGGGAUGGAGACAGAAGGUUUUGCUAUCUACGAUGCUAUGAUGCAGUUAAAAAAUGAGAUACACACAGUGGCGGUUGGAGCUGCCAUUGGUCAAGCUUGUCUAUUGCUUGCUGCAGGAAGUGAAGGCAAACGUUUUAUGAUGCCACACGCCAAAGCGAUGAUACAGCAGCCCCGUGUCCCUUCAUCUGGUUUGAUGCCUGCUAGUGAUGUUCUUAUUCGUGCAAAAGAGGUGAUAACAAACAGGGACACACUAGUGAAACUCCUAGCAAAGCACACUGGAAAUCCAAUAGAGACAGUAUCGAAUGUGAUGCAAAGACCAUUCUACAUGGACGCGACUAAAGCCAAAGAAUUUGGAGUUAUUGACAAGAUUCUUUGGCGCGGUCAGGAGAAGAUUAUGGCUGAUGUGGCUGCCCCUGAGGAAUGGGACAAAGGAGCUGGCAUCAAAGUUGUUGAUGAAUUCUAAAUCUUCUCUCAAACCUACUCUCCCUUCAUACUAAGAAAAAAAACCCCUCUGUGGCGAGUCUCGUGCAUUGUUGGAUCCAACUAAAUCUCCACAUGGCUUCGUGCUUAGCAAUGGAAUGAGUGUUUGAAAAAUAUUACUGAAUUUCUCUCUCUGGAUUUGAAAUAUAUUAUAUAAUUGCAGCAAGGGAAUGGCUUUCAAUUUACAUCUAUAUAUUCCCAGGUUGGAUUACAGAGUCAAACUGCAGCUUAAUCAAUGAUCAUCAAGGGAAUCAUAUUAUCACCCUCCUCAUGGCUGACUCAUGAAAGAUUUAGGCUUGUAUAACAUUUACAAACUUUCAUUCCUUAAUAUCUUUGUUAAAUAAAAAUCUUAGAUUAGAACAUAAUGAAAGGCUCAUUCAAUUCUUUUA